GCCGGGGGCAGCGCGGCUCCUUCCCUUGUUGUGUGUGUCGGUGCCUCCUCGCCAUCUUGUUGCAAAGCCUUUUCUUGUCGGCGGGACUCCUGGGGGCCGCGGGGCGGGAGGCACUAGAAGGAAGGAAGAGAGGGAGGGGAAGAAGGGAGGUAGUGCCGCCUUUUUUUUUUUGCAUCAAAUUAUUUUAAAUUUGCAAAUUACAUUUUGCAAAAUUUUGGAAGACAUUGAUUUUUUCCCCCGGUGCUCCCCCGUUCUUCCCUGCGGAGUGCGCUGCGCCGCCCAGCCCUGUCGCCCCCCGGAGGUGAUCCCUCCCUCCUGCCAGUCCGCCAGCCUGUCCGGUGCCUGGCUCACGGGCCGCAGUCUUGGCCCCGGCGCGCCCCCGGCAGCUCUCGGCGCGAUGAGCAUAGAGACGCUACUGGAGGCGGCCCGCUUCCUGGAAUGGCAAGCGCAGCAACAACAGAGAGCACGUGAGGAGCAGGAGCGGCUUCGCUUGGAGCGGGAGCAGGAGCAGAAGAAGGCCAGCAGUCUGGCCAGGCUGGCCCAUGCCCUGCCUGUGGAGGAACCCCGCAUUGAGGCACCACCCCUGCCUCUGUCGCCACCAGCACCCCCACCAGCACCCCCACCAUCACUUGCCACCCCAACCCCACUGACCGUCAUUCCUAUUCCAGUAGUGACCAACUCACCUCAGACUCUGCCCCCACCCCCACCACUGCCCCCUGCAGCCCAGCCUCUGCCCCUGGUGCCUCGCCAGCCAGCCCUGGUUAGCACCCCUGGACUCAGCAUCAAGGAGUCUGUUCCCCUGCCCACCAGGCCACAGGUGCCCACCCCUACUCCCCUACUGCCAGACUCCAAGCCCACCAGCAGCCCCAAGCCGUUGCAGCCCCUCCCUACACCAAUCCUGACCAUAGCACCACACCCUGGAGUCCAGCCCCAGCUGGCUUCCCAGCAGCCACCCCCACCCACUCUUGGGACCCUGAAGUUGGCAUCAGCUGAAGAAGUCAAAUCCAGCGAACAGAAGAAGAGGCCUGGGGGGAUUGGAACCAGAGAAGUCCACAACAAACUGGAGAAGAACAGGAGGGCCCAUCUGAAGGAAUGCUUUGAGACCCUGAAGCGCAAUAUCCCCAACGUGGACGACAAGAAAACAUCGAAUCUGAGUGUGCUGAGGACCGCGCUGCGGUACAUCCAGUCGCUGAAGAGGAAGGAGAAGGAAUACGAGCAUGAGAUGGAGCGGCUGGCGCGGGAGAAGAUUGCCACACAGCAGCGGUUGGCAGAGCUCAAACACGAGCUGAGCCAGUGGAUGGACGUGCUAGAGAUCGACCGUGUACUCCGGCAGACGGGCCAGCCCGAGGACGACCAGGCUUCCACCUCUACUGCCUCUGAGGGUGAGGACAACAUAGACGAGGAUAUGGAAGAGGACCAGGCUGGUCUGGGCCUACCUAAGCUGAGCCAUCGCCCCCACGUGGAGCUGCCGAAGCCACCACCCAGCACCGCCCCUGCGCCCCUGCCUCCCCACCCACACCCCCACUCCCAGCCUGUGGCUUUGUCUCCUGCCCACCUCCCUGGGCAGCAACCUCCGCCACAGCAGAAGACACCUCUACCAGCCCCUGCCCCCCCACCAGCUGCCCCUGCCCAAACAUUGGUGCCUGCUCCGGCCCACUUGGUGGCUGCGGCUGGGGGGGGCUCCACAGUCAUCGCCCAUACUGCCACGACCCAUGCCUCAGUCAUCCAGACUGUGAACCACGUUCUCCAGGGGCCGGGCGGCAAGCACAUAGCGCACAUUGCCCCCUCAGCCCCCAGCCCUGCUGUGCAGCUGGCACCUGCCACACCCCCCAUUGGCCACAUCACAGUGCACCCUGCCACCCUUAACCACGUAGCCCACCUUGGCUCCCAGCUUCCCCUGUACCCACAGCCUGUAGCAGUGAGCCAGCCCGUGGCGGUGAGCCACAUCGCCCACACCCUCUCGCACCAGCAAGUGAAUGGCACCGCCGGGCUGGGCCCCCCCCCCACCGUUAUGGCCAAGCCUGCUGUCGGGGCUCAGGUGGUACACCACCCCCAACUGGUGGGCCAGACAGUGCUCAACCCUGUGACCAUGGUCACCAUGCCCUCCUUCCCCGUCGGCACGCUCAAGCUGGCUUGAGGGUGAGGCCGCGCAAGAGACCCCCAGUGGGGGCAUGGAGGGGGACCUGUCCCCAUGCUCUCCCACCAGCUCCACACAUUCCAGCCAGGCCCAUCCCAUCCACCCUCACUCCCAGGCCUCCUAGGGGAAGGGGGUGCAGAGACUGAGCCAGGGGAGGGAGGGGCCGCCCCAGGGAGCUGGGCACAGGGUAGGGGUCAGCCCACUGCACGAGGACUUGAUAAAGUGGUGAGACAUGCUCUGGUGGACAUGCUGCCUGUUGGCCUGGUGCCAGUCCUGCCUUCCCGUCCUGUUCCCUGAAACCAAUUCCAUGUGGGCGUCCUGUUCUCCGACUUCCCCACCGCCUUCCUGUGCUGCUGCUAUUGCUUGUCUGGUGAUGUGGCAAGAGUCCGGGCCCUCCCCUCCGGAGCCUCGGCCUUCCCUUCCCAGGCCUUUGGAGGGGAAAGUGGGGGGCGCUGAACUGAGGCAACUUGGCCUAGAUAGUUGGGGGCCACUGUGGGCCCUGCUCUGAGUACAGGUGACAGGUCCUAGGAAGUGGCUGGUCUGGAGUCCUGCCCAGACAGGUGGGAGCCCCAGCCCCGGGCUCUCCUACCCAGUUGCAGUCACUGUGAUUCCUUACAGCAGAAACUGUUUAAGAUGGUUCUCUACCAACAGUAAACCAAACCCCAAGCUGCCGCCAAGCUUCUAAGCCUCUCAACCCUUACUACUGGGCUCCUGGCCUCUAGAGGGCAGGCUGAGGGAGGGGUGGGAAAGGGAGGGCUUGGCCGAACCCAUCGUUUGCCCCACCCCCACCUCCCAGCCUGGGUCUGGACUGAGUUGCUCUGGACCCCUGUUGCCACCCCGGUGGGUCUUUUUGCUUCCAGAAGGCAUACACUUCCCUGAUUCCCAGGCCUCUGCUCAGUGCUCUGCAUCCCCUCGAAGGAUGGGUGUUUGAGGUGCCACCUGGGACACAUGGACCAGCCACCGGUCUGGGUUCCAGGAGCCUGAAGCCACACUGUUGAGACAAUCAGGAAGUUCAAACCCAGCCCUCUCCCAGAUAGGCUCUGGGCACCUGUAGAGAGUGGGCAAGGCCGCACUUGCAGGGCUGCCGCAGCUACCCCAGCUCCUAUGGCUCCAGCGUCAUCACUAUGAAUGUCCCCCUUUCUCCGGUGGGCUUUGUUGAGUGUGCCCUCUCUAAGGGGGCUGCCGUGUGCCACUGCCUUCCUCUGAGGAAAGGGCUGUCCUUCACUGGGCCAAGGCCAGGGGAGCAGGCGUGUAGGAGAUGCUGCUUUCCCUGCCUCUGCCUUGGCAGACUGGCUUCUCUUUCUAUGUGGGCAUUUAUUACAGGUGGCCUUGUGUCAGACACACGCCGUGCACACUUGGCUCCCCACCUGGACACUCACCAAUGGCCUUGCUGUGUAGGCGGAGGAAGAGUGUUCCUGGAUGUGAAGUUUGCACUGACAGGCGGGGGGGUGGGGGGGGUCAGUGUUGGGGCCCGGGAUCCCCAAGAGGUGCCCCAGCAGAGGUCUUGAGUAGAUUUUAUGUCUAAGGACAGCCUUUCAGUUCCUUCUUGGUCCUGGGGACCUUCCAGGAGGCUUGGCCUCCCAUUUGUCUCCUGAAUGUGGGGGAUGGGAAGGCCUCUCCGUGGCCUUAGAGGCCUCCAGGAGGAAGUUGCACGUAGCCUCCCACUUCAUAGGCUCGCUGCCUCCCUGCACCUGCAAGCCCCUAUCCCCACCCUGGUGGUCUGGGGAGCCUCCUCUCGGAGAUGACAGUGGGAAGAAGGGAGGGCAGGCCUGGCGCCCUGGGAACAGGCAGAGACAGGGGAAGCGCCUCUCCACUCUGCUCACCUCCCUGCGUCCUGAGGCCGGUCCAGAGUUAGAACGUGUGUCAGCCAGUCUCCCCUCGGGCCGCACAGAUACCUCAUCCGCCCGCUGCCCGAGUCCCUCUCCGCCCCCAGCAGUGGGGGCUCGGAAUCUAGUGCCGAAUGACUCUGUCCAGAUUGGUGACAAUGGGUUUUGUUGCUGUUGUUUUUGUUUGUGAAUGCUGUGACGCUGUGUGCCCGAGAGGGCAGCUGCCGCCCAGCCCUUUGGGCACUCCCCCCUUCUGAGAGCUGUCAGGACCUUGUCUAUCCUCACCCUGUGGGACCGCCUGCCCCGCCCCUCCCCCCAGCCCUUCCAGCCUGGGGGACACGCGUGCGGGCGUGCGCACGCGCACACACACAUCUUACCUCUCAUGCGUGUUUUACUUUUUGAUGUUCUGAGUGGCUCACUGGCUGGGAAUCUUUACCUCGGGGAGAGGGGGAGGUUGGUUCCUUGGGGGGCCAAAGAAGGGCAGGGAUGCCUGGAGGGAGCGGCGGGGUCACCGAACCCCUGCUCUCUAGGAACAGCUGCUUCUCCCCCAUCCCAGGGUCCCACCCCCAACCCCCAAAGAGGUGGCCCUUGUUUACAGUGAGGACUCGGUCACUGUGUCUCCGUUUCCUGAAAUAUAAAUUGUAGUGACCCCAGACUGUAGAGAUUUUUAUGUGUUUGGAUACAUCUGCUGUGUGGGAAAAAAAAAACAAAACUACAAAAACCCUACUUUUGUACAUAUUGUAUUUUUACUAUUGAACUGUAUUCUAGUGGCUGUUCAUGCUCCCAAGACUUUAGGUAUUGAGACAUGAAUACUAUCCAUGUAAUAAGCACUUGCCUGGAAUAAAAUAUAAAAUUGAAAUAAACUUGCACUGA